UCAUACCCACAUUAUAAUUAAUCACCUAACAGAGCAGGAGCAGAAGUAACUGAUGCUUCUCUUCUUUCUCUCCGUUUCUCUCUCCUCAUCCUUUAAUUUAUAUCAAUAAUUAAAUCUUUCUUGAUAAUGCUUGUCAGAUUAGGGUUUUUAUACCCUUAAACCGACGCCCAAAAAGGAAUCAUCAGAGAUUAAUUAAAUUCGCCUCUCUAACCCACCACCAUAAUGGGGGAGUGGCGGCUAGAGUAAGGAGUGUUUGAUCGAUUCUUAGAUGGGUUUCAAUUGGAUUUCAGUUUUCAAACUUGACAAGGAGCCAAGUGAUGGGAUUUUGAUGUGACUUUUUCUUUGUGUUUCGCAAAGAAAUAGUAGCUGAAAACACAGAGUUGGAGGUUAAUGUGUCGCUGGAUUUGUUUUGGAAUUUGAUAUACAUCAUUUUUGAAGUUCUAAUAUUUGCUCAGCUAUUGAGUUCCCGAAGAUGGAGGGUCAUGUGUCUAUUUGUGAUGUUCCAUCAGUGAUCAUAAAAGUGGAUGAAGAUGAGGAUGAUUUCCGGAGUUGUUGUGGAGAUGAAGAAGAAGUAUGGAAGGAGCCUGAAGAAAAAGUGAAGGAAGACCCACUGGUAAAUCUUGAUGAAUUUUCAGUGAAGAUGUUUUUUAAGGGCAUCUCUAUAGCUGAGGCAAGCGACUCUGGUUCUGAAUUGUCUGGAAUUGGUGUUGUCAUGGAAAGAACAGCAAAUGUUCCUGUAAUUCAGGUACAAAAGAAGCUGGAUUUCUAUGUGGAGGAAUCUGUUGCUGAUUACUUGGCUCUCAUGGAUGGUCUCGCGGAGGCUUUACAGCAUAACAUCUGCCGAGUGUAUGCAUUCACUGAUUCUGAGUUGUUAUAUGAUCAGAUAACACAUGAAGAGAAAGUUGAGGUUCCACUUCUGUUUGCUCUGAGGCAAAGGAUCUUUGAGCAUGCCAGCAAUCUGGAAGCAUUUGUAUUGAAACUCAUUCCCAGCUUUGAUCUUGAGAGGCCAUUGCAUCUGGCCCGGGUUGCAAUCGGGGUUGUCUCUUUUCCUGCCGAUGGAAUUAAAUCACUUGACAACUGUUCUAUCUGUUGCGAGGAAAAGAUAUCGCCAAUGAUGAUCACAAUGAAAUGUUCACACAAAUUCUGUUCACAUUGUAUGAGAACCUAUGUUGAUGGAAAAGUACAGUCAUCUCAAGUGCCCAUCAGAUGCCCCCAGCUGGGAUGCAAAUAUUACAUUUCCAUCACUGAAUGCAGAACUUUUUUGCCUCACACUUUGUAUGAAUGUUUGGAGAGAGCUCUUGCAGAAGCUGAUGUUCUCCGCUCAGAUAGAAUCUACUGCCCCUAUCCAAAUUGUUCUGUCUUACUUGAUCCCCGCGAGUGUUUGUCAGCUAGGGCAAGCUCAUCAAGUCAAUCUGAUAAUAGUUGUGUUGAGUGCCCGGUCUGUCAAAGGUUUAUCUGCAUAGAUUGUGGUGUUCCUUGGCAUUCAUUGAUGAGCUGUGAAGAGUUCCAGAACCUUCCAUUGGAAGAGAGAGAUGCUGCAGAUAUUACCCUGCAUCGCCUUGCACAAAAUAAAAGGUGGAGGCGUUGCCAACAGUGCCGCAGGAUGAUUGAGCUCGCUCAAGGUUGCUAUCAUAUGACCUGCUGGUGUAGGCAUGAGUUCUGUUAUUCUUGUGGUGCGGAGUAUAGGAAUGGGCAACAAACCUGUCAAUGUGCCUUUUGGGAUGAAAACAACUCUGAAGACUUGGUUACCCAGUCUGUCCAAGAAUCAGAACAAUGGGCCUGGGAGACUUUUAACUCAUUACCCAUGCUCAUGGAUGCUUACUCAGACCAAGAGAGAUCACAGCUGGCCCUGAUCCAAAGAUUUCUUGCAGGGGGUUUCAGUUUGAGUGAUCAUCACCCUUAUCAAUCCCCUCCUCGCUGUACAGACUCAUACGUAGAUGCCAUGAAGGAUCUUCAUCAGCUUCCGUGGCUUGAAAGAUUUGUCUCUGUAAUUAGUGACAACUACUAUGAAGACUAUAUUCAGUGAAACUAGUAUAGGACUGAGAAAUUAGGAAAAAGUUGCAAAUCUUCACUACAAUGCUUGAAAAGGGAGGUAAAAGAGCUUCUCACUCUACUUACUCCAUUUUCAUUUACAUGGGAGUGCAGAAAUUGGGCAUUCUUUCCUUUGUAGUUUUCUUUGUCAGAAUAUGCUGGACAGCGUGUGACCUUGAAAGGUCAUUGCAUAAGAUCAAAAGGGAAGGAGCAAAUUCAUGGGAAGAUUGCUUUCUUCUUGAAAGAAAUUGAAAAUAGAUAAAACAUUUAUCAUAUUGAACUGAAAGAAAAUGAAACAAAGUUGUUCA